AAUUUACAGUCAGUUAGUUGGCAUUUCACCGUCGACGCGUUUAUUUCAAUUUUCUAAUUCACAAAUUGUUCAAAAUGAGUGACGAAAAUAUUUCCGAAGAAAAUAAAUCAGCUGCUGCUGGCGUCACUUCGGAUGCAAAUCUUGAAUUACCCUGCGUGGGCAUUGUGACCAGCGAUGGCGUUGUGAUUGCUAGCUGCAAUAAAUUUAAUGGCAUCGAAUCCAUAUCCAAUUCGAAAGUUGUGCCCGUCACCGAUCAAAUUGUUUUGGCGUACACGGGUCACUUCGAUAGCUUUCUAUGUGGCGCCGGACUGAAGCUGCAGCCGGACAUGGAACUGGAUGAGAUUGUCUUCAAUGUGGCUGCGAAGAUUAAAGAAGUUCCACCCCAAUCAGAGUUCAAAGCUCUCUUCGUUGGCUUUGCAGAUGAUGAGGGCAAAAUGUAUCUGGUGGAUGACAAGGGACAAACUGUUGCUCACACAACUUUGGCCGUUGGCAGCAAUACGGAUCUAUCGAAUGUGAUUCUGCAGACAUUGCAUACGCCAUCGUUGAUCCUUUGGCAUGGCAUCUGUUUGGCCAUCGAGGCCCUCAAGUUGGCCUGCGAUCCUUGCAAACUCGAUGCUUGCGAUUUCGAUAUGUGCGUCAUUGAUAAACAUGGCUAUCGCCAUUUGCAGGAAAACGAGAUCGAAUUGAAUCUCAAUCGUUGAAUGCAUUGCAAAGAAAAUCAAUUAAAUUAAAUAAAUCGACAAAU